AAAUGAAACCGAAAAUGUUUUGUCUUGUAGCAUAGAGACUCGCCUACCACUGCUGUUGGUCGUCAUUCAAAGAAGACAGUGGCGUAAAAUGGACCCAUAUUUUUCAGCUGGAGAGAAGUGUUAUGACCCUCGCGACAAAAGUCUUAAAUUCGUCGAUGGAGAUGAUGAUUUAGAUUUUCUGUGUGAAGGCUUCAAGUCUAGAAGAGCGCAGAUAUCCUGUGGUCAUGCUGUAACUCCGACGUCUCUCACCAACUGGUGUCGCAGAUUAUUAGACGAGGGUAAAAGCAGAUUUGUGUGUGGCCAUUGUCGUCAAGAGUGGUCUUACGUGGAGGUUCGUAAAAUGGCCCUUCUGACCCCUGAAGAAAUGGAGUACUUUGAAAAGACCAUGGCUGUCAAUGCCAUCAGGGACAACUUUCAUGCCAAAUUAUGUCCUGGAUGCAAAUCUUCUGUGGUGAGAAAGGAUGAAUCUAAUCUGAGUGUCUGCUGCACAUUUUGCACUGCUAAUAAACAAAAGCCCUAUGAAUUCUGCUGGCAGUGUUUAAAUGAAUGGAAAGGUCCAUUUCCACGAUCAGACCGCUGUGAAAAUGAUGGCUGCUGCAACGAGUCACUAAAAUUACUGAGAACCUGUCCAGACAUCGUCUUUAAGGACGUGAAAGGGGUCAUUGGUUGUCCCUCCAUGCGUGCCUGUCCCACCUGUGGGGCACUGCUGGAGCAUGACAAAACUCAGUGUAAAAACAUAGUCUGUCUCCGGUGUAAGGUGGAGUUCUGUUUUGUGUGUCUGAAGGUCACUAAAGAGUGUUUGGAGUCAAGUUCACAUUUCAUACCAUGCUCCAGUGGUGUUGCUCCCAGACAAACCUCUAUACCUGUGUGGAGGAAUAAGUAA